AUGUCCUCCUCGUCCUCCGAUGGUGAUGCUACUCCCAGAGCUCUGUCGCCCCAACCCGAGAUAGGAUGCACUCAUUCCGAGAUUGCCGAGGCUGUCUACGAAGCCGUCAAUCGUCAACUGGCCCGGGAUGGAGGAAAUGCGCCGGAGAGACUGGCCGCCACGGCUGCCGUUGCAGUCAUUAUUGAGGCUACUCGACCAGACUCGACCGCGGAUACUCAAUCCCACACGGACGCCACUGCUGGAGGAUCGGCCUCACCGCCAGCGCAGGCCGCCGUUGAUGCCGGUCCCUUUGGCUCUCUUUCAUAUGAGUAG